AUGCAAAAACGUAUUGGUUCCACCACAAUCAUCAACGAACCGUUCGAAUGGUCUAACGAUAGUAGUUUAGAGGUGUUUGUGAACGUCAUUGAGUCCGAAGAAGCCGAAAGUUCCAUAGCGCGGUCACGGGCGAAAUCUAAAGUCGUGAACCGCAACUGUUGGACCGCUUCAGAAAGGUUGCACCGCGACUACUUUUUUGAUGAACCGAAAUACGAUGAUGAUCUUUUUGAAGAAAGGUAUCGUAUGUCUAAAAGACUAUUUUUAAAGAUUGUGCAUGAUCUUGAGUCAAGAUACGCGUAUUUUCAGGACUCGUAUGAUGCCCGGUUGGCCAAGAGUUUUACACCGAUACAGAAGUGCACAUCUGCCAUCCGGCAACUUGCAACCGGUAACCCAUCAGAUGAGUACAACGAAUAUUUAGAGAUGGCCGGGAGAACAUCACAUGAAUGUCUUCAAUUUUUUGUGACGCUAUCGUUGACACUUAUAGCACCGAAUAUCUGCGAUUUAUGGAUAUGGCACGCCUUUUUUGGUCCUCCGGGUGCUCUAAACGACAUCAAUGUGCUACAACAAUCUCCCUUGUUCCUCCCCGAGCGUAUGGGCACUGCUCCUUACUGUCCCUUCUCUGUAAAUGGGCGUACGUAUAGACCUGGGUACUAUCUAGUCGAUGACAUAUAUCUUACAUGGUCUACAUUUGUUAAAGCGUACAAAUACCCGACCGACCCAAAAGAAAAAAUGUUCAAAACGGCACAAGAGGCGGCUCGCAAAGAUAUUGAACGGGCAUUUGGUGUUCUCAAAGGAAAAUGA